GCGACGUCAAAUCGGUCGAUAAAAUUUACUUCCAUAAUAUAAAAGUUCUUAUUUAUAGGAAUAAAAGCGUGGAAAAAUAAUAAACGUACCAUGCAGAGCGCGAAUUAAAGUUUUGAUGUUUCUUUCGAUUUAUCCGAUACUCGAUGACACUUUAAACUAAAGCAUUAGAUAAUUAUAUCGAAGAUAUUUCUUUAAAUGAAAAUUUUAUUGCGAAAGAAAUAAAGUAUCCGCAGAGGAUAUACAGAGAAGAGACAGAGGCAGGUUCCUUCUAUUAAAACGUUGGAUUAAAGCGCAAGCGUAGAUUCCUACUUCAUAUAGCAACCCCACCGCUAUACUUUUCUCUAUACUAUUCCCUUUUUUCUUGUUUCGGGUCAUAUUGCUUUCAAGUGAAGUUACAACUUUCUAUUACUUCAGUAUUUACCGGGGAAACCAUGUCGAUCGAACUGCAGGUAAAUAACUUUAAGAAAGAAAAUGAAAGGGGACAAGAAGAAGACAUCGUUGUUAGAAACAAGAGAUCCUUGAGUUAUUCUAUGAAAAUACCCUAUUAUAUUUUACGGGUUAUCGGUGUCUGGCCUCUUCGAACUGACGCAUCUGUGAUCGAUCGAUUCGCCAGCUAUUCGAUGAAAUGCAUGUGUUACUUUUUCUUCGCGUUCAUUUUAAUACCAGGAUUUCUUCGAAUUUUCCUUAUCGAAAAAAGUACACAACAAAAAUUAAAAAUAUUCGGACCACUCUGCUCCUGCUCGACGAACGCUAUGAAAUACAGUAUACUCUUAAUGCAUAGAGAGAAGAUCAGGACUUGUCUGAAACACAUAAGAGAAGAUUGGACAAAGAUAAUUCUUCAAGAAGAUCACGAACUCAUGAUGUCUCAAGCUAGAAUCGGAAGAAUUCUUUCAACCAUGUCGAUUUGUUUCAUAUACGGUGCAGGAAUAUUUUAUCGUACUUUUUUGCCGCUUUCCAAGGGCUCCGUCGUCGUCGGCAAUCACACGAUAAGACCCCUCGCUUGUCCAAGUUACUUCGUAUUAUUCGACGAACAAAAGUCGCCUGCUUAUGAACUCGUAUUUUUUGGACAAUUUCUUGGCGGCUUCACCGUUUAUACCGUAGGUAGCGGAGUUUGUGGAUUGGCAGCUUUCUUUAUUAUGCACGUUUGCGGCCAACUUGGAAUAUUGAUGAGAAAAAUGAACGACAUCGUCGAGGGUAAUUAUUCCAUCGAGAAGAAUCCAAAGAUACGCAUCGCCGAAGUCAUCCGUCAUCAAAUCAGAACCAGAAGUUUCGUUAAAGAGGUAGAAGAAAUUUUGCAAUAUCCUUGCAUGGCCGAGAUAAUGGGCUGCACGAGUCUCGUUUGUCUCGUCUUAUACUACUUGGUUAUGGAAUGGGAAGAUAGCGAUGCUACCGGUCUGAUAACUUUUGUUUUACUUUUCGUAUCAUUCGCUUUCAACAUGUUUAUCUUUUGUUAUAUCGGAGAGCUUCUUUCGGAACAGGUAGAACGAUCGUUUUAUUCUAUAAAUGCAUACUCUAUGCACUAUAAAUUGAAAUUUUUGGAAAAUAACGAUCUACUUUAUCUACUAAUAGGGCGCGAAGGUUGGAUUAACAUCCAGUACCCUAAAUUGGCAUUGUCUUCCGGUAAAGGAUAUGAAAUGUUUAAUACCAGUCAUAAUUAUGUCCAACUAUCCAUUGAAAAUCGUAGCCGGAAAAUUAAUGGAUAUGUCUCUUAGUAAUUUCAACAAUAUUAUCAAAACGGCUGUAGGAUAUUUUAACAUUCUUCGAAACAGUGUCUAAUGUGCUAUUCAACAGUGAAUAUUUUUAGCGGAUCAACAAAUUAAUCAACGCCAAAUAUUUGUAUAGAGAAUAAAUGAUGAUAGCGAUGAUAGAAAAAAAUUGUUACGAAUUAUGGAAUUUUUAUGGAAUUCGUAAUAGUUAAUAAUGCCAUCUUUGCAAUAGAAAUUUUUUUUAGAGCAUGCAAUCUUGAAGAAUAAAGAGUACGAUUCUUAUUAUUAGUUCAAAGUAAUACCAAUAAAAAAUUAAAAGUAUCACAUAUAUUUCCUUUGUAGAUGCAAUUUCUUCAA